CCUGCAUCAACCAUCCGUCAGCCCAGAGAGCUGGCAACCCGGAAUUUUCGAAACAACAGAGAUCGCCCGGGGAACCCGCCCGGCAGAACCCACUUCUUCCGGUUCCCGUCCCCUUUCGCCCCGUUCGCCCCGCGCCGCAUUCGGCUUUCGCCUUGUUUUCGGUCAUUACACGUUCGGAUCAGAACUAAAACUCCCUCCGUUGCCCGCAACAAUGCCACCACGCCGCAGCGCCCGCCUCAACCCCGCCGGCGCCACUGCAACCGACUCAUUAUCAUCAUCAUCAUCCUCCUCAUUCUCAACAGACUUGCCUCCUUCAUCAUCGGCAGCAGCACUUGCUACAUCGACAUCGACGGAACAACAACAACCUAAACCGGCUGUGAAAAGGAGAGGAAGGCCACCUGCUGCUAAAAAGAUGGAUUUCGCUCAGCAGCACCUACAGGCGGAUGACGAACGGAGGCCGUUGUUGGAUGGCGGGCGUGCCCAACAAGCUACUGAUGCGGAUUCUGCCGCUGAACCCAUAAAGACGACUUGGGCAAGUCGGAAUCAGUGGAUUGUGCUCGCCAUGGCUAGUGGAGCGUGUGCUGCGUUUAAUGGAGCUUUUGCGAAGUUGACAACUACGGAACUUACCUCGAGCUUCUCUCAGGCGAUUGCUAGACUACUGCAUCUUUCAGAGGAAGAGAAGAUGAUUGAGGUUAUUGUGAGAGGUAUCUUCUUCGGUCUCAAUCUAGUAUUCAACGGUGUAAUGUGGACCCUCUUCACCCAAGCCCUCGCACGCGGUCAUUCCACAACACAGGUCUCCAUCAUGAACACCUCGUCCAACUUUGUCAUCACCGCCAUGCUCGGGUUUGUCAUCUUCUCUGAGGCGUUACCGCCUAUGUGGUGGGUGGGCGCCGCUAUGCUGGUUGCGGGGAACGUGAUUAUCGGACGGAAAGAUGAGAGCGAAGGCCAAGGGAGUAGUGACACGAAACAGGAUGGAGAUGAUGGACAUGGUACUGGCAGUGGCAGCAAUGAUGCUGCUUCCGUGGGUGGCUCGGCCGAAGGUUUGGCUGAGGAUGGUUUGGGGACGUAUAGGCGUGUUGUUCAGGCUGAAGGGUCGGGGAGUCGUGGAAGACAAGGCGAUGGAAUACCGGUGGUGGAUGAGGUGGAGAAGGAGGAAAGUGAUGAGGACGUCACGAUGCUUGGUGGUGAAGCAGCUGGUAACGGACGGUAAGAGCUCCGUAUGAUCACCUUGUUAUUUUCUGGUAGAUCUCUUCAAUAUAUUUUUGUUGGAUAAAUUUUGAGCGUGUCAUUGGGUCGGCGUCAUAUGAAAUACAACCUCUUGGUAAGUUGAAUGAUACGGGUCCUGCUUGCACAAAGGUUGAGUUUAAGCGCAGUAUAACAGUCAAGGGAAAUUAGGCAUGCAGUGUACACGGUGAGUACCAUCCUUCAUGGCACGAAAAGGCGCACAUUCUUGAACUGAAGCAAUGCUGUCCUUACUCUCGUGAUGAAGAGUCUGUGAACUUGGGAAGUCUGGUGGUGUUCGAUACACGCCCCUGGGUCUCGGCCCCGCAUAGCGCUAAAACAGCAACUCCACAAUGACUUUGCAGGGAUCUUGAAAGGCCCCGUUCUUUUUCGUAGCUCGAGUCCAUCU